UGCAUUUCCCUCCCUUGUUUGUGUGUCUUCGGUCUUUACAUUGUGAGUCUCUCAUUUGUGUGUACUCUACAUUCCUUUUGCGAGCAUCUACCGGCGCAAUCUGUUGUUUCGAUCCUUUUCUUGGCGCUCGUUCAUGUCUAGACUAGAUGAGCAGCGGGGCCAGCCAUGGGUGCCGUUGGCUGGCACUGGUCCCCGGCCAAAACCAAGCAGAAUCGACACUUCAUCCCAUCAACAUCGUGGCCGGUCGCCGCGCCAGAUCUAUCCCACGAUCUCCCCGACAAUCGCAGUUCCUUGCACUCGAGGGCUACCCUUACCUGGCAGCUCGCCUGGCCCAGCACCGCAACAGGAUCGAAAAUGGACGACAACCACGGCAAACUACCCCAGCGAUAUUGAGUGGCCAUUGAAGAACAGACCACCUCCACUGAAACUACGGUCAGUGGUGUCGCCAUCGGACCGCAGGAUCCCAAUUGGCAUUGCGAUCCCAUCGGCAACGUUUGACCAGCGCAGGGACACUUUCAGGUCUGCUGCUUCCCACCCUCACUCUUCUACUAGCGUACAAACCAACUAUGCUACGGAUGCACGCACUCCAACCAUCGUUAUCACUCCUGCCGACGAGCAAUUCGAGCAAGCCUUCAAUGCUUCCCCGAUCGACUUCCGACAGCCUACCGACUACCGGCCUCGCUCAAGCGUAUACUCAAGGACUUCGCAACAUUGGUCACGAUCACAUCGACACGACAAUGCACCUCCAGUGCCGGCUCUGCCUCCAUACGCCACAGGAGAUACGCUGCCUCGCCCAACAAUGAGGAACGAUCGAGUGUUGUCGAUCAACACCACAUUCGAGGAAGACGCCGUACCCCCGUCACCUCACCCCGAAUCCUCAGUUCUGACCCCUCGUCAUAGUAGAGGAUGGUGGAAUAUCGUCAUGUCUCCGUUCUCAGCAUUAUCAACAACCAGCUCAAUCUUUCCCCGCUCACCCUUGCUGUCCAGCCAGGGUGAUGAGGGGAGGUCUUUACUAGCCGCUGCUGGUGGGAUGGGUAGCAUUACUACUCCAACGGUUAGCCACAGCGAAGGCUACGAUCCUCAGCUUCGAUCAGCGCCUUUGAUCACAACACCUGCACGAAACUGGUUGUCUUCAAAGUUACGAACGCCGAAAAGAUCGGCCACAGCUCCAGGGGCGCUGGACCGGGGGAAUACCACGGCAGUCAACAUCUAUCGCACUCCCAGCCACGGCGAAGCCGCAAUGUAUUACGAUCCCGCGCAGCAGUUCUCCAGUCCUGCAUCGUUGCGAAUGCACGAGAAACCGGACAAAGGUUAUAGCGCGAGUGCGCCGAAAUGCUGGAAUCCUCUUGACGGCGGAUCUCUUGAUACUGGACGCUCACAACCGAGACGAACAACUCCAUCAAUGGCCAGAGCGCUGCUUCUGGGAAUGCCGUCAGAACGGUCUUUCUCCACUUCAAACAACAGAUCGGCACCAAAAGACAGCUUCUCAAACCAUGACCUCAACCCUGAAGAUUUCAAUCUUACCACAGAGACUCCAACAAAGCUGGAGUAUCCUGGCGAUGAUGAUGACCCUGCAGAGGAGGAUGUGCCACAUCAAGCACCAGCUCCAGUGGCUGGGACAGUCCGCAGGGCACCGCCGUUAUACGCUCCGCCUAUGAUCAAGGACUCGAAAGAUGUUGACACUGGCGUUCAUACGGCUUCGCAGAGUCGCGACAUGGCUAUGGCUCCUGCAGAGCCCACUACAGGACACCAAUCUGGCGAAGUUCAUUCCUUUGAUGCCGACGACAAUAUCACAAGGGCGCUCGACGAAAAGGACGAUGGCACGGAGCAAGGACUCGUCGCUCGCCCGUGGCAUCGAUGGACAAUCUGGCUCGUUUCGGGGCUUGGGCUACUUCUAUUGAUUGUAGCAGUGAUACUGUUGGCUGUGUUUUUGAACGCACAUCGUCCGCAAACCCCUGUCGAAGCACAGUGGCUGAAUCUGACCGCAUUCCCACCGAUACCCACCGGAGUCACGACGGUGGUGUCUGCCAAAGCCGUCAAGGUCGUCGAUGGCUGUGUCGCACCGUCUUCACUAUGGAGCUGUGCUGCCGGUCCCGCGACAGAUACCAGCACCACUGGCUCAUCUAACCCAAACUUCAGAUUUCUGAUUCGAUUUCGCAAUGGAACCUUGUCUAAUACAACUAUGCUGGAGCCCAUCAACAGCUCUGCGCCCUCGAAUUUGUCGGAUCUGUCAACGAACUCCAACACAAUCCUCAGGAGAGGCCUUUUGGGUGGCUCAAUCUAUGCAUCCUCCCCUGCUCCACCAUCCACCAGCGACCAAAUUUUCUUAGGCCGGACAACAGAUCACAACAGUCCACCCUACAAUGGCGAACAGACGCCCUUCUACAUCUCUCUGCUGGAUCCGAUCCCGCUUCCCUUGACUGACAGAUCAGACCGUCGCAAACGCGACUUUCAUUUCCCCUUGCCGCCCCCAUCCGACUACCCUCAUAGUCAUGCAACAGCAACGACCACGAACACAGCAUCAGUAUUCCCACUACCAAAAGCAUCAUCGCUGCCACAACCUGCCGUCAUCAGCCACGGCGACCCACCAGACCUCUAUCCUUUCGCAUCAUCUCAACCACUACGUCUGUUCAAUCGUGGCCAACCAUCAGAACACUACGGCUUCUACACGUAUUUCGAUCGCUCGCUCUACCUCUCAUCAUCCCCAAUAGCCAACACCAGCAGCAACAACAACAGCCAAUCCCCACCCGCACAAAACCUCACGGCCAACGUCCCUCAAUCCCAAGCGAGAACACUCUGCACUUGGUCCGACACUCGCUUCCUCGUGCAAAUCUGGACUCAAAGACCACCCGUCACGUCCUUGGCCUUCACCCCCAACGCCUCGAGCAUCCCCGCUGCCAACUCCACGGCAAACGACUUGCAGACGCCCGGCUCCUUUCCUUACCCGGUGACCUUCACGCUGGAUCGGCACGGGGGCACGGCGAGCGAGAAGAGCGUCUACUGUCGUGAGUUGGAUGGCGAGGGAAAGGUGGUGGAAGACAGUGGGCGGUAUGUGGAUGAGAAUCGAGCGUUUGGCGGUAGCAUUGUCGAUCCCGCGGUGGUGCCGUCGAGUAACAGCACCGAUCUUCCACGCAGAAGCAACGGCGGCAAUGGCAUUGAUGGAGGGACAGGGGGUUGCUUAUGCCAAUGGCAGAAUUUCUCGUAAUUGUAAUACGCUCGCCGAAGAUGUGGCCUUUCCAAGACACUGAUCAUAUACUCAUAUCCUUGACAUCGAAACCAUACUUUUAGCACGCUUGCAUGUGACUCCAGAUCAUGCUUGUUCGCUCAAUUCCCUAUGCAAC